UUCUAGUGUUUUUAUAAUUGAUCACAUCAACUGAUUACCAUGAGUGAUCUAGUGUAGUGAAUGACCUCAAAAUGACUAAAUGACAAAUGCCAGUUUCGUAAGUUUACUCGUCCUAAUUCUGGCCUACUUUUAGCUUCACAAUAUAUGACAUAUAUGACAAAAUGUCAUUUCGAUGUCAUUUCUGCGGACUUGAGGAUGGUUAGUUUGAUUACAUCACAUAGUCAUGAUAGCAAAUGGACAGGCAACCAACAGACUUUAAUUAUAUCAAUGACUGUAAUACAAAUAGUUUAUAUAAAUAGGUGGAUAAAUUCCCAUCGUUAAAAAAAAAAAAAAAAUUUUAAAAUCAUGGAACUUGUAAAAUACGAUGAAAAAAUACAUCCAGAAGUAUGGUUAAAUAAUAUUAAAAUAUUUUGUUAUAAAAAUCAAAUUACGAAAGACAAAGAUAUUCUAGAAUUUUGUAAAUCAAUGAUUCAUCCUUCGAUUAACGUAUCUAAAGCGAAUACCUUUGAAGAAAUUUUAAAUAUUUUAAAAACCGAUACUCUCUUUACCUUAUUUAAAUAUUCCGUUAAAGAAAAAUUACAAGUGUUAAAAUUUGAUCCCGAAGAUGAGAAUCAUACUCAAUUCAUUAAUAUAUUUAGAGAGUAUUGUUAUGAAGCAGAAAUUAAUGAUCUGAAGGAACAAAAAAGAUUAUUAUUAAAGAAAUUUUCUAAAGAUUCUUUUCAUUAUUAUUUUAUUAAUAAUAAUUUAGAAAAAAUCAAAUCUUUAAAUGAUUUAAUCAUAUAUUUUAAUCAAAGCGUUUUAAGAAAACGAAAAUUAAUUCAUUUUGGUUCAUGUAUUACUUUAAGACAUGACUCAACUAGAAGAUAUUUGACGAGUUGUGAUGUACGGUAUAUAACGGGUUCUACGAAUAAUAUUGUUUACGCCAAUCAAACUUUAUUCGAUCCAAAUUCUUUAUGGAUCGUUUUGGACCCUGAUCAAAAAAAUGGAGGUAAUCCGGUUACUUAUGGAAGUAAAAUUUGUUUAAAGAACGAAGCUACCGAUAAAAAUUUGAUAAUAUCCAAUGAAUCCAAAUCUCCUUCAACUGGAAAUUGGGAAGUAAACUGUACCGAUGCUUAUUAUAAUCCGUAUUUUAUAAAUAGUGAUUCAUCAGAUAACAAUAAAAUUUUUAUAAAAUCGAAAGAGAUAAUAAAUCUACGUGACGAGGUAGACAAUUUUAUAUUACACAGUCAUGCAUUUCCUUUUACUAUUGAUAAUGAAACAUAUCAGGAAGUUGUGGGACAUGAAGGAAGAAUUGAUUUGAAUGAUAUGUGGUGUAUUGAACUGUAUGAAAGUAAAUAAUUUGAAGAGGACUCAUAUAUAAUGGAAUAUAGUGGAUACAGUAUAUUUGGUUUUUUUAUCAGGAUUAUAGAUAAUACAAAUUUAUUAAGAGAUCACUACCUUAGUACAUUAUUAAAAGAUGCUUUGUUACUUAAUAUUAGUUCGAAUUCUCGGGAAGGUGA